AUGGCUCCCAUCCCAGGCUAUUCGGCCUCUAUCCAGCCACAGUCAUCGGAUAGCAACAGUACAUCUCCUAUCCGACAUGACAGCAAAGUCAGGGACACAACAUGUAGUGCCUCAGCUACAAGAUCAUGUGAAACCAGCGUUACCGUUUUGCUCAAGGGCACCCCCAAAACCGCCACUGUUCAUGGUUCCCCCACGAGUCCAACUCUUCUCAGUGCAUCUGAUGAGACGGAAGUCUCUCCUUACAAUUCACCCUGGCGCUCACCGUGUCCUUGCUCUUUGACUGCUCAUGAAGCCUGCCUGCUCGACUGGUUGGCGGAUCUCGAAAAUCCCCAAUCGCGGAGGCGCAACGGCGAUGACGCAGAGAUGCUGUGCCCGCAAUGCAAGGAAAGAAUUGUCGUUUCCCGUCCCCGAAGCUAUGUUGUGGAUAUAGUGCGGCUGGUUAAGCGCCUCGCGCGUCAGAUGGUCCUCCCAGGAAUGGUAUUCAUGCUGGGGCAAACCGUGUGGGCGGGGUGCUAUGCGCAUGGACUAUACUCAGUGUAUCUUGUUUUUGGCACAGACGAGGCUCGACAGAUCUUGCAGAAAACGGCAGAUGGGGUAUGGAAUCCGGGGCUCAAUCUGGGGUUGCCACUCAUCCCGCUCAUGUUGAGCUUGUUAAGCACACGUUACGCAUACGGUCUCCUCCCCGCCAUCCCCGUGAUGGUUUUCACCGCACAUCAAACAGGACAGGUGCUGGAGUUGAAAGUUUGGCCGCCUAGUGCAGCAGUCACGUUUGCCGCUCUUCCGUAUCUACAAAGCUUCUACGACAUUCUCUACGAGAGAAUGUUUGGCAAGUUAGAGCGAAGAUGGAUUGCGGAGGUGCAGCCGCACCAGCUGGAUGUCAACGAUGAUAAUGCACCGCCCGAGCAUCCUGAGCCAGACCGACCCGGUGACGACAACGGGGUUCAGAUUGAGAUCAAUCUGGAGCUACGCAGGGGCAGCGAAGACGGGCCGCAGGUCUUAAACAGGGGAAAUGCGCAGGGUGGCGGACAAGGGCAGAACCAGGAUGGUGGAAAUGGCCAACCCUUGGGCUUGGGUCGACGAGAUGGGCUGGUAGGCCACUUAGACGGUCUGACGGACAUUAACCUCGGACCGCUUGCGCUUCCAGCCAUAUCUGCCUCGAUGGGCGGACUGCUAAAGUAUAUUCUACCCACUUCGUGGACGGCCCCAUCUACACUGGGCAAGGUCCAGCUGGGGCUGCUACGGACACGCUGGGGCCGGGCUGUGGUUGGCGGAUGUGCCUUGGUGUUACUGAAGGAUGCGCUGGGAUUGUACUGUCGGUGGAAGUUGGCGCAGACACACCGGCGCCGCAAGGUGCUGAAUCACGAUCGGUCGAAGAAGGUCGAAGAAACGGGUUAG